AUGUUGAGGUUUGCAGCAUAUCCAAGAACACCUUUCUUCUUCUCUCUGUUGCUCAUGCCAUGUACUGUCUCUGAGCUCAACUCUACGUUUAAGAUGUCCAGUAACUGUGGAACAGUUGUGGAGAUUCCAAUUCCAAGCUAUUGUAAAGUUAAGGUACCAUCAAAUUUCUGUUUUGGAUCUCAUGAAUGCCACCAUCACCAUCAAGUACACCGUUCUAUAUGCUUAGAGCUUCAUAGACUCAUUGAUAGAGUUUUGCAUGUAAUUUUAGAUAUUGAAUCUGCUAGACCAAAUUGCAAGUUAGCGAUCCAGGCAUUGUGCUCAUUAAACUUCACUUUGGCAAAAGCCAAGUCAGUGAUCAAAGAUUGUUCUAGGUGCAGUAAACUAUACCUGGCAAUCACCUCCGGCAAGAUACUUUCAAGAUGUCAAAAACUAGGAAACGCUUUUGACCUGUAUUUGACACAGAUUCAAGAUACUGUUCCAUUACCAUUGGCUGAUAAGAUAUCUGCAACACUACAUGACCUUAGGGGUACAAAAUUUUCCAUGGAAUCUGCAGAAGACGAGGCUAGGAAGGUACUACUUUCACUGUUUAAGAAGAAUUUUCCUGAUGAAGCUUUUAUGGAAAAGGAAGAACUUGAAGCUAUACAAAUUGCAACUUCUAAAUUGGAGAUCAAAUCCGCUUUCUGUCUCUUAGUAGAGAAAGCAGCAAUAAAGAAGCAGCUUGAUGAAGUGAAUGAAACAAACCCAAAGGAGAAGGAGCUUCUAGAAUACCUUUUGCAUCUCUUGAUCAAAUAUGGGAAAUCCAUUUGCCAGUUGCAAAAUGGAGGCCACUCACUGAAACAUGAAUGUGAUGAUCAGUCCUUUGAGCAUGAGUUGGUUGUUGAUGAAGCAAUAUGUGAGCAUCAAGUGAAUGAUGAAGAUUUAUGA